UUCACCUCCGUGCUUUACACCGGAGACCAAUAAUGAGGCCAAACAGUCAAGCCCUCAAGCCCAAAUCCUCAGAUGACACAGAGAGGGAAUUUGGAGGAACCCUGGGUGCUAUAUGUAUUCCCAUCUUUCUUCCAUUGACGGUGCUGUUCCUGAUCAGUGUAAGUCGAUCCCCUGAGGCCAGUGUGCUCCAGUGGCCCCCUUCCCUCCCAUCCACUGACCAGCUGUGGGACCCUCUGGCCCUCGUGGUUCUGCUGGGAUGGAUCGCUCUGCAUGCCCUCCUCUAUUUGAUGCCAUUAGGAAAGGUGUCCGAAGGAUUAGUGCUGAGGGAUGGAACACGUCUCAAGUAUCCCAUCAAUGGUUUUCAUGGCCUGUGCAUCAGCGGUGUGUUGCUGAUGUUGUUUCUGGGGCUCGGGGCUCCUCUCGGGUAUCUGUUUGAGCUGCUGUUGCCUCUGGCAGUGUGUGCAAUAGCCGUGUCAUUCCUGUUGUCCACCUACCUCUACAUCCGCUCAUUUCUCGCUCCUUCUAAUGCACUCGCUUUGGGGGGCAACACAGGAAAUCCCCUAUAUGACUUCUUCAUUGGCCGGGAACUAAACCCCCGGAUUGGAAACUUUGACCUUAAAUAUUUCUGUGAGCUCAGACCAGGUCUCAUUGGCUGGGUGGUCAUAAACUUCGGCAUGCUGAUGAAGGAGGUGGAGCUUCGUGGUUCCCCCUCACUCGCCAUGAUACUGGUCAACAGUUUCCAGCUGUUGUAUGUGUCAGAUGCUCUGUGGAACGAGGAGGCAGUUCUCACAACCAUGGACAUUGUGCACGAUGGUUUUGGCUUCAUGUUGGUCUUCGGGGACCUGGCCUGGGUUCCCUUCACAUACAGCCUGCAGGCUGCCUUCCUGGUGGUGCACCCACAGGCCCUAAGUUCACUUGGAGCAGCAGCUAUAAUAGCACUGAAUGGUGUUGGAUAUUAUAUUUUCAGAAAAUCCAACUCACAGAAGAACCAGUUCAGACGAGACCCUACACAUCCAAGUGUUGCAAAACUAGAGACCAUCGCCACAGCAACAGGGAAACGGCUGCUGGUGUCCGGUUGGUGGGGUCUCGUACGCCAUCCGAAUUACCUCGGUGACCUCCUCAUGGCCCUUGCGUGGUCCCUACCAUGUGGAUUCUCACAUCUUGUGCCUUACUUCUAUGUAAUAUAUUUCACCAUCUUGCUGAUUCAUCGAGAGGCCCGCGAUGAGAGACAGUGUAGGGCCAAAUACGGACUAGCGUGGGACACCUACUGUCGGCGUGUCCCCUACAGGAUCUUCCCUUAUAUAUACUGAAAAGGAAAGCAGAUGGGUGCAACGGGACCAAAAGUGUCACACAGUGUCCUUGUGACUCUUCCAAGGAGGAUGUCCACACAAACUUGAGAUGUAAAUCCAUUUUUAGUUACACAGACCGAUCAGUAAUAACUGGCGCCGCUACUGGGAGUCCGCAGGAAGCCCACAGUUUUUUUCAGCUUUGAUUCUACAACAUGAUGUUUGAUGGAUCACUAUUUCUAAUCCAAACCUCACAGGAAUCGGAUAUAGGUAAAGACCGUCUGCAUUGCUAGUCUUGUUCUGUGUUUCUGCUGCAGAAGAGGCUAACGCAGUAGUAAAAACAGUGUUGGCUUUGUGAUUUUUUUUCUCAUAAAAAUCUGAUAAGUUCUUGUACAAAUUUGAACAAAAACACAAAAUUGUUUUUUCUUAAAAAAACGAAUAAAAACCAUUUCCAUAUAGACAGCAGUGUGCCUUUUUUAAAUAAAAAAAGACAGGGUCCCAGUAUUUUUACAAUGUGUCUGUUUUUACAAUGUCUUCUUGUUUGUAAGUGUAUUGUUAUCUGUGAAAUACAUUUGAAAUAAACAAAUACAACAACA